AUGUGGGCCGCAAAAAGCAUUACGGGCGUUGCUCUGCCGUUCGUUGCAAGUGCCUGCUUGAACAAGUUUGGCUCGAGUACGACUUUAAGAGCAUGGACUAUAACUACGUUAAUCACAACAUUACUCGCAUUACCAUUCAUGAAGCCCCGAAUUCCAGUGUCUCCAUCGGCAUCGGCCCGCCCUCUUGAUCUCAGCUUCCUUAGGCUGGCUACAUUUUGGAUGCUACAAGUAGGAAACAUCAUUCAAAGCUUCGGCUAUUUUCUACCCUCAACAUACCUUCCCUCCUACUCGACAGGUACUAUCGGUCUACCUGAGUUCAUGGGCACAUUGCUUGUAUCUCUUUUCAACGCAACCUCUGUCUUUGGCGGUAUCGGACUUGGGAUUCUAUGCGACCGAUUCAACGUGGCAAAUGUUCUUCUCCUGUCCUCUGUGGGAUCUGCACUCUCGGUGCUGCUCUUCUGGGGCAUGGCUUCGUCUGCAGAUCCAGGCUCCCACACCGGGGUCGGUUUACUAACCAUUUUUGCCAUUUCGUAUGGCUUUUUCGCUGGUGGGUUUAGCUCAACCUGGUCUGGUGUCAUCACGCAGAUUAAGCGUGAGUCCUCACCAUCGCUGGAGACUGGACUGGUUUUUGGUCUUUUGGCUGGCGGGAGAGGCAUUGGGAAUGUUAUCAGUGGGCCUUUGAGUACGGUUUUGAUCCAAAAGGGUUCGUUGGGUCAUGAUGGUGCGACAGGAUAUGAUACCCAGUAUGGUACUUUGAUUCUGUUUACGGGCAUAACUGCACUUUUGGGAGCUUGGAGCUGGAUGUGGCGGUAUAUGAGUCCUGCGGUGCGCUGUCUCGGCUGA